AUGAUUAUUGUUACUUCUGUUACUUAUAAAUUCAACAUCAACGGGUAUCAUACAAAAACUAUCCAAGCGAAGCGGGGUCUCAGGCAAGGGGAUCCUAUCUCCCCUCUAUUAUUUGUUAUUAUAAUGGAAUAUCUUAACAGGUACUUUCGCAAAAUGCAGAAGAAUCCCAAUUUCAACCAUCACGCUGAGUGCGAGAAGUUACAUAUUACUAAUCUGUCUUUUGCAGAUAAUUUACUUCUUUUUUCUAGAGGAGAUUCUAUGUCGGUGGAGUUGAUUAUGGAGGCUUUUAACGGUUUCUCUGAUUCCACUAGCCUCAAAUUAAACCCGGCAAAAUGCAAAAUUUAUUUUGGUGGGGUGGAUGCGGAUACAAAGCAGAACAUCAUUAACAUCACUAACAUCACUAAUUUUCAGGAGGGUCCUUUCCCCUUCAGGUAUUUGGGGGUCCCUUUAACCUCUAAAAAAUUAUCUAUCCAUCAUUAUAUGCCGUUGAUUGAUAAGAUUAUGAGUCGAGUUAAUCAUUGGAGUGCUAAACUCUUAAGUUAUGCAGGGCGUGCCCAGCUUAUAAAAAGUGUUACUUUUACCAUUGCGAACUAUUGGAUGCAAUGCUUUCCUAUCCCUAGAUCUGUUUAUUCAUAA